AAUUCAAUAAUUGAUGCUGGUCCCCUGCCGGGAGAGUUCAUCUGAAGACUGCCCAUGGACAAUCGAUGCUUGUGUUUGCUGAAGUUCUAGUAUUCUUUUGUUUUACUGUUUAAUUUACUGAAGAGUCCAUUUUUUCCCAUGAGUCAUCUUCCACCUCUGGAAAGGUAGAGGUGCAAAGUAGCUCAACAUGAGUGGCCUUGGGGACAGUUCAACAGACCCUGCUAACCCUGAUUCCCGGAAGAGGAAGGGGUCGCCGUGUGAUACGUUGGCCCAGAGCAAUGAAAAGCGACGCCGGGAGCAGGAGAAUAAAUACUUAGAGGAGCUGGCGGAGCUGCUCUCGGCAAACAUUGGUGACAUCGACACCCUGAGUGUCAAGCCAGACAAAUGCAAGAUUCUAAAGAAGACAGUCGACCAAAUCCAGCAGAUGAAGAGGUUGGAACAAGAGAAAACAGCUGAUGAUGACGUCCAGAAGUCUGACAUCUCAUCCAGCAGCCAAGGAGUGAUCGAAAAGGAAUCUCUGGGACCUCUUCUCCUGGAAGCACUGGAUGGCUUUUUCUUCGUUGUGAAUCGUGAGGGGAGGAUUGUGUUUGUGUCCGAGAAUGUGACCAGCUACCUGGGUUAUAACCAGGAAGAGCUCAUGAAUACCAGUGUCUACAGCAUCCUGCAUGUAGGGGAUCACGCGGAGUUCGUCAAGAAUUUGCUGCCAAAGUCUCUAGUAAAUGGAGUUCCUUGGCCUCAGGAAGCAACCAGACGCAGCAGCCAUACCUUCAGCUGCCGGAUGCUGAUCCGCCCCCCUGAUGAGCUAGGUGCAGAGAACCAGGAGGCUCGCCAGCGCUAUGAGGUGAUGCAGUGCUUCACCGUGUCCCAGCCCAAAUCGAUCAAAGAGGAAGGAGAAGAUUUCCAAUCCUGUCUGAUAUGCAUUGCACGGAGAUUACCUCGACCUCCAGCUGUCACCAGUUCAGAAUCUUUCAUGACCAAGCAAGAUACUACAGGUAAAAUUAUCUCCAUUGACACCAGUUCCCUAAGAGCCGCAGGCAGGACUGGCUGGGAGGAUUUAGUGCGGAAGUGCAUCUAUGCUUUCUUCCAGCCUCAGGGCAGAGAGCCAUCUUAUGCCAAACAGCUAUUUCAAGAAGUGAUGACACGUGGCACGGCCUUCAGUCCGUCGUAUAGAUUCACGCUGAGCGACGGGACGGUACUUAGCGCCCACACCAAGUGUAAGCUCUGCUAUCCUCAAAGCCCAGAAAUGCAGCCUUUCAUCAUGGGCAUCCAUAUCAUUGACAGGGAUCACCACAUGCUCUCUCCUCAAGAGAACACUAACUCUGGAAUGCCCCUUCCCCGUGUCAGCCCUGCGCUGCACCCUAGCAUGUCCCCAGGGCAAGGCAUGGCUCUCUCGUCCGCCAUCCCUCCAUCCAACAGUGGCAUGUUGGCGACCAAUGUAAAUCAGCAGCCAGGCUCUGGCCUCCACAGCAGCAAUUCCAGCACCGGCCAGACAAGCUUUGGGUGUUCACCUGGGAAUCAGAUCGGAGCCAAUGUUGCCUUAAGCCAGGGACAAGCUGGUCCCCAGAACAAUAACCACCUUUUAAACCUCAAUAGCUCUCCCAUGAACAGUCCAGGGAUUACCCCAGCACAGUUCAUGUCUCCUAGGCAUCGGGUUAGCCCAGGAUUGGUACCAAGGCCCAGAAUGCCAAGCAAUCCUUUCUCGCCUACCAUGCACUCCCCUGUGGGCAUGGCGAGCAGUGGCUGCAGCAGCGGUGGCAGCAACAACAGGCCUUUCCCCAAUGCCCCGAUAAACUCUAUGCAGGGGCUUAACGAAGGCCCCAGCACCCCCAUGGGCUACUCCACGCCACCGCCCAUUCUGAGGCAGCCGAGCUCCCAGAACUCGCCCGGUCGGCUCAGCAUGCAGCCUGUGAAAACGGAGCCGAAAGACAGCAAGGAGAUUGCCUCCAUCCUGAGCGAGAUGAUUCAGUCUGACAGCGGCUCGAGCGAUGGCAAGCCGCUGGACUCAGGCCUGCUACAUGCCAGUGACAGACUCUCGGAGGGAGACGCCAAGUGCUCCCAAGCCACCAGCCACAAGCUGGUUCAGCUCCUGGCCACAACGGCAGAACAACAGCUGCGGCACACUGAUGCAGAUACUAGCUGCAAAGAUCCCUUAUCCUGCACAGGUGCCUCUGGGAACCCUCCAGGCAACACGUGUCCCUCUUCCCAUAGCUCCCUCACAGAGCGGCACAAGAUCUUACACCGGCUCUUGCAGGAGGGCAGCCCCUCCGACAUCACCACUCUGUCCAUGGAGCACGACAAGAAGGAUACCGCGCCAAACGCUGCAGCCACCCCUACCUCUCAGAGUCAGAUCCCGGGGACCCCUGAAAUCAAACUGGAGCCAGAGGCCUUGAAGAAAAAGGAGUCUAAGGACCAUCAGCUCCUACGCUACCUACUAGACAAGGAUGAGAAGGACCUUGCCGCGGUCCCGGCCCUGAGUCUGGACGAUGUGAAGGUGAAAGUGGAGAAAACGGAGCAGAUGGAUCCGUGCAAUACGACUCCGGCCCCGCUGACCAAGCCCCCUACUGCAGAGGAAGUGAAGCUAGAGUCGCAGGGCCAGUUUGCUGCUGACCUCGACCAGCUCGAUCAGCUGCUGCCUUCGCUGGAGAAAGCAGGCCAGUUACCAGGCUUGUGUGGGACAGACAGAACCGAAAGCAGCAUGGCCAGUGUUGCGGUCAAACCUGAGAUUCUGACAGCCCCGCUCCAGCCCAGCGCUGCAGCAAGAACUCCAAUGGGGCUUAAUAGAUUGUCUGAACUGGAGUUGGGAGUCUCCGAUCAACAGUUUGGACAGCCAGGAAUGGGUGACCAGAUUCCAUGGGCAGACAACCCCAUGGCCUCCAUGAAUCGAGUAUCUUUGAAUAAACCAGACGACCAGUGCAUCACUUCCCAGCUGGACGAACUCCUAUGCCCCCCCACCACGCCGGAGGGCCGGAAUGACGAGAAAGCCCUCCUCGAGCAGCUUGUGUCCUUCCUGAGUGGCAAAGAUGAAACGGAGUUGGCGGAAUUGGACCGAGCUCUUGGGAUUGACAAAUUGGUCCAGGGAGGCGGCCUGGAAGUGCUGACUGACAGAUUCCAGCCACAGCAAGCGACACCGUCUCUUCUAAUGGAUCAGAAGCCUGGCCUCUACCCCCAGCCUUAUUCUUCUGCUUCUCCUACUGCUAAUCUCCCCAGCCCUUUCCAAGGCAUGGUCAGGCAGAAACCCUCUUUCGGGCCCAUGCCGGUUCAGGUACCACCCCCCCGAGGGGCUUUCCCCACCAACAUGGGAAUGCAGCCACGGCAGACUUUAAACAGGCCACCGACAGCUCCCAACCAGCUGAGACUUCAGCUGCAGCAGCGGCUACAAGGGCAGCAGCAGCUGAUACACCAAAAUCGGCAGGCGAUCCUGAACCAGUUUGCAGCAAAUUCUCCAGUCGGCAUCAGUAUGAGGGCAGGCAUGCAGCCACAGAUUACGCCUCAGCCACCUCUGAAUGCACAGAUGCUGGCCCAGCGGCAGCGAGAGCUGUACAGCCAGCAGCAUCGGCAGCGGCAGCUAAUGCAGCAGCGAGCCAUGUUAAUGAGACAGCAGAGCUUCGGGAACAACCUUCCUCCCUCGGCUGGACUCCCAGUGCAGAUGGGGGCAGCUCGCCUCCCCCAGGCACCCCCACAGCAGUUCCCCUACCCCCCCAACUACGGUACGAAUCCAGGAAACCCUCCCACCUCCACCAGCCCCUUUUCGCAGCUGGCGUCGAACCCAGAGGCAGCACUGGCCAGUCGCAGCAGCAUGGUGAACAGAGGGAUGAUGGGGAACGUUGGAGGGCAGUUUGGUGCCGGGAUGACCCCUCCCAUGCAGCAGAACAUCUUCCAGUACUCGGGGUCAGGCAUGGGUCAGCAAAGCGAGCCUGCAUUCGCUCCGUCACUCAGCCCCAGCAGCCCUCUGAUGUCGCCGCAGAUCCCUCCUUCACAGAGCCCCAUGCUCCAGUCAGCUCCACCGACCCCUGGGUACCAGUCCCCAGACAUGAAGACUUGGCAGCAAGGAACAAUGGGGAAUAAUAAUGUAUUCAGCCAAGCUGGGCAGAACCAGCCCACACCUGCGCAGCAGGGAAUGUACAACAACAUGAGCAUCACCGUGUCCAUGGCUGGAGGAAACACAAACGUCCAGAACAUGAAUCCAAUGACUGGACAAAUGCAGAUGAGCUCACUGCAAAUGCCCGGGAUGAACUCCAUGUGCUCUGAGCAGGUAAAUGACCCAGCGCUGAGACCCACCGGCCUUUACUGCAACCAACUUUCCUCCACUGACCUUUUGAAAACAGAAGCAGAUGGGGCGCAGCAGGUACAACAGGUUCAGGUGUUUGCUGACGUGCAGUGUACAGUGAAUCUGGUAGGUGGAGAUCCUUACCUGAACCAGCCUGGUCCAAUGGGCUCGCAGAAAAGCACGACAGGUCCUCAGACCCCUCAGGCCCAGCAGAAGAGCCUCCUUCAGCAGCUACUGACUGAAUAACCGCUUUUAAAGGAAUGUGAAAUUUAAAUAAUAAGACAUACAGAGAUAUAUAAAUAUAUAUAUAUAUUAUAUAUUUUUCUGAGAUUUUUGAUAUCUCAAACUGCAGCCAUUCUUCAGCUCGUAGUGUUUGGAGCAAAAAGGUUUUUUUGUUUUGGGUUUUUUGUUUUGUUUUGUUUUGUCUUUCGGGGGUUUUUUUUGUUUGUUUGUUUUUGUAAAAGGCAUUGGAUGUUGGCAAAGCGACAAGGCAGGACAGUCGGUUUCUUGAGCCAAAAUUACAGAUGAUUCUUAUUUUUGUAAUCAGUUGCUGGCAUCUUACUCCAGACGAAGGUUUCUCGGGGAAGUGGGGAAGGGGAUGGAGGAAGAAGCGAGUUGAAAGAGACUGCUUCGGAAGGAGGAAGAUCAUCUCAGUUUCAGCUGGAUCUGUCACUGAUUCAUGUCUCAGCCCAGUGGGAAGGUGGGGAAAGACACCGGACUUCUAUCAGAAAGGCUGUUUUUAUUCAUGCUUAAAAAACCCAAACACCUUUUCUCCCCUCUGCCCCAGUCCGCUUGUGCGUACAAUCAGCUUUUUCUAGCAAUCGUGAGUUUGUCAGUUUUAAAGAAAAACAGAGAGUAUUUUGACCCACCAUUUUUUCCAUGUUUUAUGCUGGUGUUUAAAGCCUCCUAGCGAGAGAGGCCACAAUGUGUAUAUUACAUCGGGGGGGAAAUAAUAAUAAAAAGACAAAAAAAAGAACAGUUUGGGGGGAAAAGCUGCAAUAAUUUUUAGGGGAAAGGAUGAGGAGGAGGGGGGAGGGUUCUGUCAAUUAUUGUAGAUAAAAUUUUUCUGAUUUAAAUAUUAAAUAAAAUUAAGCAGUUGGUUUUUUUCUGCUUUGAUUGUGCUUAACAGCUGAGGUAGCUUAAACUAUUUAAAAUAAUAAUAAAAAUAAUAAAAAUUCAACUCUCUGAUGGGAGUUUAUUUUUCCCCCUCAAACCUGUCACUGUACAUAACUCUAAUCUCUUGUACACAUUUGUUUUCUUCCUUUAGUUGCGAUCGCUCUUAAGAUCAUCGCUUUUUAUUUGAUUUAUGAUUUUUCCCCCCUUUUUUCUAAAAUUAUGCUGAUGUGUGGAAAAUGUGUAGCUUUGUUGACUCUAUUUGCAAGAGAUAAAAACAAAGAAAUGGAGAUGACCGCUAAUGUUGUAUUGCUUUCUGAUGACUGUGCUAUGCAGUGUGUGGAUUUUCCCUCUCUUGGGGUUGGAGGUGGAUAGGGGCAAGUCUAGUUUUCAGAGGUGCUGAGCAUUCAUUGCUCCCACUAGUCAAUAGGAGCUGCAGGAGCAUUCAGCACUUCUGGAAAUCGGCUCCCUAAGCUUCGAAGGGCUAGUUCAUUCUGCCCCACAGACCAGCCUGGCCCAACUCCAGUGGGAGGGUUGGCACUACCAGAAGCCCAGAGGGGACAUUGUAGUUGCCACCUCUAGAGAGAAGAAGGGUUCCUGCUCCUGCCCUGCCACUCAGGCAGAGUCACCAGCAAUCGCAGAGCAAUAUUUGGUGCCUUCUGCUCCCCUCUUGUCGCUAGUAUUUGCUCCAUCACUCCCAGCCACAUCCCCAGAGGCAGAUCCACCUCAGGAAGGAGUCAUGGAAAACAUGGCUGCUGAGAUGGAGGCCCGGCAGGAGGGAUGGGUAAACUAUGUGCAGGCAGUUCUCCGUUGCUGAGUCCUUCAGGCCCAUAUUACGAGAAGGCAUUCAGAAGCCACCUGGGCUUCCUCUCUGAGUGCCAAGGGGGACAGGUCUGGAGGCAGAGCUCUGAACUGGAUGCAGAGCACAGCCCCAGAGCCUCCAGGUGGCAGGACAGAUACUUGCUACUCACUCUCUGCCAGAAAGGCAGCAUAUAGCUUUGUCUCCUUCUGUCACAGAGCGUGUAUAAUUCCUAUAGGAGGUGUGGCCCCCAGCAGGCUCUUUGCUUCAGUUAACUUUUCCCCCUAGAAGGUGGAAAUGGAAGAACAGCCAGUAGCUAGAGUCACAGUAAAAUGAGUGAGGUGAACCGAAGACAGGUCUGCAAAGCUUUGAGCUUGAGCCCAAAGGGGUCUAAGCCACUUAGUGUCCCUGUUCUCCCAGAGGGGGAAAGAACAGAACUUGCAAUACAGACCAGGAACGCCCCAGCCAUUAGUGUCACUCCCCGAGGAAAUACACUCAAUUCUGUGACCACAGCCAGAAAGUUGUUUAAGGAGAUUUCUUCACCACAUUUGACUUGAGAUCCAAACCUCCACAUCCCCUCCCCAGGCAGGAUUUUUACCAAUCACAGAUGGGGAACCGUAUGUCCGGUUCUGUGCACCAGUGGUCAUCCUAACAUCGGCACCUUGCAGCUCCACCAAGCUGGGUGUGAUGAACAAAGGCGGCCUCAGACAAGAAGGGAUCUGUGAUAGCCCACGUGGGAGACUGGCUAAUAAAAUCUGGAGCAGAAAUGGCAGCUCCAUCCAGGACGGUAGAAGUCUUCCAAACUACAGGGGCUUUGGCCAUCUAGACUCAGCUGGAUACGAUACCGCACUCUUGGAGGAGGAGUUGCUUUGUGCCAGGGGAGGUAUAUCGAAAUCAUGGAUCUGAUGAGAGAGCCAGUCCAACACUCCGUAUUCACCGUGCCCAGGUGGUGUGAGCCUUAUUGGGAUACUCGUUCCCUACCUCCCCAGGGCCUGCAGCGUAUGUAUUCGUGCUACAACAGUACAUGGCACAUUACAAGACAGAGGCACCCUGCUGAAAUAAGUACAUGCCUCAGACUGUGCAGGGGGACGAGCUGACAGAAGUGAAUUCCCUUUGGAUCUAGUCCCCUUCAUUCGAUCAUUGGGGCAAGCUUUCGCAUGUGGGGCACCUAAGAGAGACACCACAGUGCACAGCCAAUGCCAUUCAGAUGCCUGGUGCAACAUGCACACUGUCCUCUCUGUGAGCAGAGCCAAGAAGUUCUUUAAUGGGGACCUUGUCUCAGUAUAUCCAUGACUGCUGCCCUGUCAGCGCCUUAAACCAAGGACUUCCCAUCCCUCUGUAUUCAUGCCCUACCCUCCACUUCCUGUACUGCUCCUGGGUGUACAGGAACCCUAAAGAGGGGCAGCUGCAGGAUAAGCAGCGUUCUUCUAGUGCCAGGCAGUCCAUCCAGAAUGCUCGCCAGUCCUCACGCAGGCUCUGUCCUGUCCAGAAGGUAUUCAGGCAACUCUGCAAAAAGCCACAUGUCUGAGUCCCGUCAAAAGCGCAGGGUCAUGUUCUGUGUGAAGACCAAGGAAUCCCAACUAAGAGCCUGGUAGGGUUCUUUGUUAGCCCAACCCACAACAUUAGACCAAGGGUCAAUUUCUGAACUCCACUGUGGAACCUAAAGUUGGUAUUGGGCCUGAGCUACACUAGCGGGGGGGUUCGAAGUAUCUUAGUUCGACUUACCUGGCCGUCCUCACGGCGGCGAGUCGACUGCCGCGGCUCCCCCGUCGACUCCGCUUACUCCUCCUGCCAAGGUGGAGUACGGGCGUCGAUUCGGGGAUCGAUUUAUCGCGUCUAGACGAGACGCAAUAAAUCGAUCCCCGAUACAUUGAACACUACCCGCCAAUCCGGCGGGUAGUACAGACGUACCCUUAGAUAGAGACAGACACUAGCCUCAUCCACACCGCAUCUGGAAUACCUGUGAUCUCUAGCCCUUCUUUGCCUAGCCAUCAAAACCACUUUCACAGCCUCCCUAGUCUCAGCGAUGAAGGCAGAGGACUAGCCUUUUUAGCUCUCCACAGGCCUUUUUCCUGCUUAGCCUCCAAGCUUCAUCUAGCACUAGAAAUCUUGCCAAGUUUUCAGCUCGAGGAACUGAAGAAGUCCAUACGAUUUCCAUGCGUAAAUGGAGCGGAAUGGAUUUUAGUUUGAACUGAAGUUACAGAGCCCAAACGGGUAUAAUGCCCAAUGCAGAUUAGGGCUCCCUUCCAGAGGGGGGAAGCAGUCCACACGCAGCUUCACCUAACACUGAGGAAGGAUGGCCUUGCAGUUGAAGGCACAGGCCUGGGUUCCUGGCUCUGUUGCAGGUUUCCUAUGCAGCCUUGAAGGAUUACAGUAUCUGACUAACUUCCUGGGAGAAAUGUGGACCUUAAUCUCCAUGCCUCAGUUUCCCCAUAUAUUAAGAUAAAUGUAUUCUGUGCAUUGCAGUACCACCCACCAGGUGCUAGGUGCUGUCAAUACACAACUCCCUGCCCCCAAUAAGAUCACAAUCUAAGAAGCCAAGCAACAGCCGUAAGGGUAGGAGAGAUGGAUAAAAAAACACAACCAGAAUAAAUACCAUCAUUCCCAAAUGUGUACCUCGACUGGCUGACUUGUGGGCAAUGUGGUAGAAAUGGGUCUCGAGGGAUCUGCAGGAGUGUGGAUGUGCCACCUGCUUCUCCAGGAUGUUGUGAAGCUACACUUGUCAGGCUGGAGAUUUUCAGGCCGUGGAUGGAAAGCGCUAUAGAAGGAAUGGUGAUGAUUAUCGUCCGUCUACAAUGGCUAUUAACACAAUGCUAGUCCUCUUAUCUCUGCUCUUGCUAUACGCUGCUGCCCUUGUACCUAGAACCCAUCUGUCUGGACCAGUGGCAACUCAGAUCCCAGCAAGAACAUAUUGCCUGGUAAAAUCCUGGUGUUUCUGGAACUUGGAUUCCCAAUCUAGAACCCUGGCCCUGGGUUGAGUAGUCAACAAGCCGGAGACAUUAGAGAAGGAUUUUUUCCUUCUGCUUCGUAAGGCCAAGGAAGAUCUCAAUGGGAGAAGAGAGGGGGUGGACACAGAUGAUGAAGAAGAGGGUACCCAAAAAGUUCAGUGAUUGUUGGUGGCUUUGCCUGAUUAACAGGUGUCCGGUGGGAGCUGACAUGGUGGCUGGAUUAGGGGCUUCCCAUUCAAUCUCCAGAUAAAAGCUACUCUUGCUUUUUAGAUGCUGUGGUCAGUUGCCGCUGCUCUGUGGAAGGGUCUGUGACUGGUACCUGUGUGUGUGAAGUCAAUGCGUGCUUUCCCCAGCGUGGCCAAAACCUAGUGACCAAAGGAAUUUCCAAACACUGCCUAAAUUCCUAUGCUGUAGUGUUAGUGUGUUCUGUGGGGUCGCAGGAGGGGUGUGGGACGGGAAUGCCAUUCGGCUCAUUUCCUUUCCUAGUUCUGUCUUGAGCUACUCAGGUGUGAAGAGUUCUUGCCGGGCAGCCCCUUGCUCGCUGAGUUCAGCGUCCUGUGUGCAAAACACCCAUGGGAGCUUAGCAGGGGAGAAGCGAGCUUGUUAAUUAAAAUGAACUGUGAGCAGCAGUUACUUGACAAGGCGCGUUUUAAGGAGCUGAGAUAACCUACUAGUCAUGUGGGGCUGGGCUGGUCUUUUAACACAGCUGUAAAUAACAGUCCCACGGUGAUGUGCACACAUGGUGCAGUUCCUUACUGACUUUUCUCUCUGCACUGGUCUCUUUCCAGUCCCUGUUGGAUGCCUGCCCCAGAAAGCAACGUAAUCUAAUGAUUACUGUGUGUUUGUGGGGGGGAGGGUUCAGGACUCUUGCAUUCCAGCCCCAGCUGUGCUACUGACCAAAGCAGGAGACAGGUGGCACUCAACCAGAAACCAGUGUCUAUAGGGGCCCCCGACACAUAAUAUGUGCCAAUCUACCGAGUGCAGAGCAGUCUCUUUUCCUGGCCAAUCAGCCAUCUUUAAAAAACAUGUUUCAUUUUGCUUGGCAUUUGCACGUGCACGAUACUAUGUGGUGCUAACACCAAAAUGUCUCCAGACAUAGUUGGCAGCUAGAAAUGCAUCUUCGGAUCUCUAGCUUGUGAGUCGUGAGUAUGAAGACUGCUGCCCAGAGGAAGUGUAUAAAUGCAAAAGACCAACAGAUCCUUGGGAUGGGUCCCAGAAACUGUUUGGCCAAGCUCUGGGAUGUAAAGACGCUAAGAAUACACUUGGAUUUCAGCUAAGUAGGUGCUAUUCUACAGAAACCAUUCAAGUAUUCAGUCAUCGCAACACAUGCUCAUGAAUUGGUAUUGAAUCCCACCGACCGAUCCAGCAGUAACACCAAGAAACAAUCCCCUCCCUCAAGAAGACAUCAUUUACCUCUCUGCUGCCUGCACCGUUUUUUUUAGUUCAGGGAAUAGUUUAAACGUAGGUGUGUGUUGGAUUUUUUUUUUUAACUUGUUUGGAAGUGAUCGAAGUGUGAGAACCUAGUGGAAUAAAUAGAGGAACCAAUUCUAGAGAUGUAAGUAAGAGAAAUUAAUUUUGCUUUCUGGUCACUUAUGAGCCUAUCUACUCUGCUGGUUUCCUUCUAUUCUUAUAAAAUAAAAAGUACCAAUGUAUUCUACUAGCGUGGCCCCAAACGCUGUACUAAGAGGGGGAUACGGUGUAGUGGUUUGGACCAUUACUAGAAAAUGCUGUGGGACUUAUUAAGAAGUUGACUGUAAAGUUUUAAUGUGCCCUUGGUUCCCAUUGUGAUUUUAAAGGAGACCCUGAAAAAGGACAGAAAACAGUGGGGUUUUUCCCCUUCUUGCUUCUUUAUGAUGUAAAGGGAAGGCCUGAAAGAUUGCUGGUUUGGAUUCCUUUUAUAUUUAUUUGGCUGCUCAUUGUUUACAUUAUAAAUUCAGGUCUUGUCUGCCCUGUUUCUCCUGAGCAACUCUAUGGAAGACUGGAGAAUUUAUGAGAUGAUGUAAGAAACUAUGCAGAUGUAACUUGAUUAAGAGGGGAAAUUAUUUCUAAUGAGACUGUUUAAUUCAUCAUAACAAACCAUUGGAAGAAAAGCUCUUUUCUUAAAAUUCAUCUCUCUCUCUCUCUCACACACACUCUCUCUCUCUCUCCCCCCCCUACUUCUCCUUUAAUUAAGAGCUCAGAGAGCUCCCAAUCCACAGAUCUGAAUCCUCCAAGGCAGAACAAAAGGAGAAGGUUUGACAUUCCUGAUAUUUAAGGUAAAAACCAAGCAGAUAAAUAACCUUUUUAAAGAGUUUAAAAACAACCCCCCUCUAUUCCCCCCCCACACAACACCUUUCAGAGAAAGUGCUCAAACCUAUGUUUUCCUCUUAGAUCACACCUUUCAAAGUAGCUGGGGCUGCCUGGAAAUGGACACUUGUAAAACCCCACAACUCCCUAGACUUGCCACCAACCCAGGGAGAGAGUAUGUCACAGCUUUGUCCUUUAGUUAAUGUUUGUAAAGCACUUCAGAGCUGAAGCAAGCCUCACAGAAGUGCUGAGUUUAAUCAUAAUGAUCUUAAUCCAGGGGAAAUAAUGAUUUGAACGCUCAUGCUCCAAGGAAAACCUAUGCCUGCAAUCUUAGGGGGAACUAACUGCUUGGCACUGGAGUCUGAGGCCUUAUCUAUACUAGCAAACUCCAUAGCUAUAGUUCAUCCCUUGUGCAGCCCCUGCAGAGGGAAACCAUAAUGCAGACAGGGUGUGACGAGGGUAAUCACACUAGAAUCCUGUCUACACUGAGGCUUCCACCAUUGCUCUCAGGGUUGGGGCUGGACAAUGUUAACUGUGUAGUUUGGGGAAGACAGCUCCUGAUCUCUGCAACCAAUCGUGCCCCUGUAUUAAAAGAUCGGUGUGGGCGGGACAGUGGUUGUACAUCUUGUCUGAGCAAUGGUGCCUUUCGUUCCACGCGUGGGUUUGGUAUUGACUCAGUGAGGAGAGCAUCAAGAACAUUACCCUGCCUGACCUCAGUGGGAGGCCGUCCACCCCUGUCCCCAGCUGCCAUGGCAUAAGAUGAGCCGAUGGCCCUGGUUCUGUUCUUCGGCAGCACUUCCAAACCGUCCUCAAACAUUUCAGAAGCUUUCACGUGCACUGUGAGCAAAUGGCAACAAUGCUUUAGAAAUGCCUGGAUGAAAGCAGGGGCCGUGCCUAUUAAAUAGCUUCAGUAGCAGCACUGGGGGUCCUACAUGCUGCUAUGGCCUGUAACUCAGGCCCCUGAAACAUGGGUAGCUUUAGGUUACAUUACAGUCACAGCUUUCCAGCUAGGGAGGAACUAACUACUAGUUUUACAGCUAGGAGUGUUGUUCUCAGUACCCACCAAUUGCUGUCUCUGCUGCCCGAUUAGACUAAACGUUAGUGAAGCUAUUAUUUCCUCCCUAUUAAAAAAAAAAAGGGGGGGGGGGGAAUCGUGACAAUAAGUCAGAGAAUAUGAAUCCUGACUUCCCGCCCGUUUUAGGUUGGUGUGACUAGCGAUGCCAACAGAGUUACUCCCAAUUUACAGGAAUGAGAAGAGAAUCAGUCACUGGAGAUCCUAAUUAUUUUUUUAAAAAGUGCUUCAUAUUUGUUAAUUGCUUUUUUUAAAAACUUCCCAUAGAGGAAAGCAAUUUUGCCAUUCUUAAAAAUUGUCCUCAAAUAACCCUAAGGCACGGAUUUGUAUUUUGGCUUGGCUAGAAAACGGUUUUAUCUUCACUGAUCCUACUUAAAGUUGAAUUCACAUUACACUGUGAAAAAUCUCCUCAUUAGGUUUCCCCUGCUUAGGGUAAAUGGAGAUAAAAGAUGGCAAAUUGAUCAAUCUUGCAUUUAACAGCUCUAAUGUGCAAUGAGGCAUUAAAGAGCACUUUUGUCUUAAAAUAAAUGCCAUUUUUAAGUGAGACUCGUUUUGAAUAUUUUUCCUGUAUUUAAAAUGAGGCAUAUUUCUUCAGCUGCUUUACCAUUGCUUUCUGCUUAUAGUAUCAGCGUUAUUCAAUGUUUAAUUAUACUGUUUAUUGUAAAUAAAGUCAUUUAAAAAUUG